CGGACUAUUUCGUAUUAUUUGUUGCUAUGUCUCGUUAACCAGUGAAUUUUUCUUUUAUUGUUAAAAUACCAAUGUUUAUCGUCCUUGCCUGAACGGAUCCAAACAGGCAAGAGAAUUAGUGAUUGAUAUUGCAACCGAGUGCAAGUGAUUGGGCUGGAGGGGGGGAGGAUAUGGAAGAGGGAGGGGAAAGCAAAGUUUAAGUAUGGAAAAACUGGCACUGGAUGCUUGGACUAUUAUCAAUUAUAUCACUACUGUUCAUAACAUUUGCCUGAAACAGUCCUUGAAGGCAAGGCCUGCUGUCAGAUGCAAACAAAUUAAGUUUAAUGAUAGGAAAAGCAUGUGCUCUGGAAUUUCAUGUUUCAAUUUUCGAGAUCAAGUAGGGGCCCGGGAAUCUUACGGUGGGAGUGAGGAUUAAGGUUGUGUCGAGUACAUCUGGCAGUGCUGUUGCAGCUGAAGCAAAACGUAAUGGAGCCAACUGGGUUGUACUGGACAAGUAAUUAUACAUUAAAAAAAAAAUUAAAGCAAGAGCUAAGGCAUUGCAUAGAUGAGCUUCGCUGCAAUAUUGUGGUGAUGAAAGGUUCUCAAGCAAAAGUCCUUAGACUUAAUUUAGGAUGCUCAGAUGAAGUCCAAACCCCUUACUAUUCUGCUGCCUCUUCGCCAGACAGGAGUUUUGAAGGACACAGGAUGAAGCAUUCUACGCCAGUGAGCAGCCCUGAGGAGUCAAGUACUUCCUACUCAAGAAACAGAGAAGAUUCAUUAUCAAGUUGCGGCUCAACGACACCCCUUUUUCUCAUUUAUGAAAAAAAUCCCCUUUUUGAAGGAACAAAUAAAGGAAAUUCUGCACCAGAAAAUAAUCAAAUUGACUCUGAUGACUCACUUACAGCUUGUUGUUCAGAUGAUAGGCUAAUCACACUUUCAGCAAACCUAACAUCUUCUGUAGCUAGUAAUCAAAAUAGUAUAUUUUGGAUUCCCCAAAACCACAUUUUUGAUGAAAAAAGCCCAACAACCCAGAACCAACAUACUUCAAAAAGUAGAUCCCAAACUUCUUCAACUCUGCUUGAUAAAUUUGUGCAGUAUGAUCAAGAUGCUAGGGCUGGUAUAAUUGGGCUCAGCCUGAGCCAUAGAAAGGAAUACACUGCAACCUCAAGUAUAAGAAACGCAGUUUCUUUAGGUAGAGCAUCUUCAAUGCCUCCUCCUUUAUGCUCACUGUGUCAACACAAGGCUCCAGUUUUUGGAAAACCUCCGAGACAAUUUUCUUACAAGGAGCUAGAGAAAGCCACAGAAGGAUUUUCAGAUAUGAAUUUCUUAGCUGAAGGAGGUUUUGGCAAUGUUUAUAGAGGGGUAUUAGGGGAUGGUCUGGUGAUUGCAGUGAAGCUGUUAAAGUCUGGUAACUCACAAGCAGAUGCUGAUUUCUGCAGGGAAGUGAGGAUAUUGAGCUGUGCACAACACAGAAAUGUUGUGUUGUUGAUCGGGCUUUGCAUUGAUGGGAAAAAGAGAAUAUUGGUCUAUGAGUACAUAUGCAAUGGCUCCCUGGACUUCCAUUUGCAUGGAAACAAGAGAGCACCUCUAGAUUGGCACUCACGGAUGAAAAUAGCAAUUGGGACAGCUAGGGGCUUAAGAUAUCUUCAUGAAGAAUGUAGAGUGGGUUGUGUAGUACACAGAGAUAUGAGGCCCAAUAAUAUCCUCGUAACGCAUGAUUUUGAACCCCUGGCUGCUGAUUUUGGGCUUGCUAGGUGGCACUCUGAAUGGAACAUUAGUACAGAGGAACGAGUGAUUGGAACUUCAGGGUAUCUGGCACCAGAGUACAUUGAUGGUGGAAAAAUUACACAGAAAGUUGAUGUUUAUGCAUUUGGAGUGGUAUUGUUAGAACUAAUGACAGGCAAAAGAAUAAGUGAGCUCUAUUUUUUUGAGGGACAACAUUUCUUAUCCGACUGGUACACUCUUGCUGCACUACAUCCAAGCCAUGUCUUGACAAAAAUUUACCGAUUACUGGAUCCAUACUUGGCCACUGAGCAAGUCCAUGAAUUUCCCCAUCAACUAAAGGCUAUGGGUCAAGCUGCUUUCUUGUGCCUACAUCCAGAUCCAGAAUCCAGACCUGCAAUAUCACAGGUCCUAAGAAUACUCGAAGGAGGAGAUCAGGUACGUCCCUUGGGCUUGGACAUGAAUGCAGUUGGUAGUAGAAGUGGCCAUUUGCGUGGUCUGAGGUUGCACAGGGAAGAUAAAACAAGUCACUCUCGUAAGCUUUCUCACUAAAAGUUGAUUAUACAGUAACUGCCACAUACCAAAUAUGCAGAGUUGAGAGGGUGUUCCGUUGUGUAUAGUUCUGAAGUUCAUUUUUCUUCCAUAGUAAGUUGCUUUCUCGGUUGCAGGCUUGCUAACUGAUCUCACUGUUUUCUUCCUUGAUGCAAUUCUUUUUUCACCAUCAUCAUUAGGUUCUUACAUGGAUCAUAUUGCAACCCAUAAACUAAGAAUCACUUGCAUGUUUUUAUGUGUAUUUCAAUUAUUCUUAACUGUUAAUGUUCGAAUAAAAGAAGCGUAAAUCCAUGAAAAAUAGUAAUUGUAGUGUU